CUGACACCCUUUCUGAUCUGAUUCCAGCAAACCAUGGCCAUAAACGCGCCCCCUGAGGAUCAGGAUGGCUCCGGGGAUGACUCAGACGUCUUCUCGGGCUCCGGUGCAGGUGUUUUGCCAGACAUCACCUCGUCACAGCAGACGCCCUCCACCUGGAAGGACAUAUGGCUCCUGACAGCCACGUCCCUGGCUCCAGAGCCCACCACCAUGGAUGCCCUGGCUGCCCCCACCUCCGCCCUGCCAGCCGAAGAGGGUCCCCAGGAGGAAAAGGUGGCGGUCCUGGCCGAAGUGGAGCCUGACUCCAUCUCCCGGGAGAAAGACACCACCUCUUCAUCGAGGGAGACCACGCAGCCCCCAACCACCCAGCGGGCCUCAACAGGCGGAGCCACCACAGCCCAGGCUCCUGCCACCUCCCAUCCCCACAGGGAUGUGCAGCCUGGCCACCAGGACACCUCAACUCCUGCAGAACCUGGCCAGCCCCGUUCUGAGGCUCCCAGCGUGGAGGACAGAAGUCCUUCUGCCACCGAGAGGGCUGCUGAGGAGGGAGCCUCCAGCCAGCUCCCAGCAGGAGAGGGCUCUGGGGAGCCGGACUUCACCUUUGAUACGUCAGGGGAGAAUACAGCUGUGGUGGUGGAGCCUGACCACCGAAAUCAGCCCCCGGUGGACCAGGGGGCCACAGGGGCCUCCCAGGGCCUCCUGGACAGGAAGGAAGUGCUGGGAGGCGUCAUUGCUGGAGGCCUCGUCGGGCUCAUCUUUGCCGUGUGCCUGGUGGGUUUCAUGCUGUACCGGAUGAAGAAGAAGGACGAGGGCAGCUACUCCUUGGAGGAGCCAAAACAGGCCAACGGUGGGGCCUACCAGAAGCCCACCAAGCAGGAGGAGUUCUACGCUUGACGGGAGUGGCCCUCCCCACCCCCUCCCGCUCACUCGGCCCCCACUCACCUCUUCCAUGAAGAACUGCAGGCCCUGACCUCUCCUGCCACCAAUGUCACCUCCCCGGCCACCUCCCCAGCUGCCCCUGCACACGGAGUCCGGGGGCGUGCUGGGACCUCUCCUCUGCUUCUCUGACUUGCGCCUGGAGACUUGGGGCACUAAGGGUUUCUCGCAUCUGGCCUUCCCCACAGCCGGCAUCCCACCAUUCCAACUGGGUUUCUCCAACUGGAGCGGCCUCUCCCCAUGCCCAGCUCUGGACAGAAAGGGGACCCCACGGCUUCGGACCUGGAUGGCCCGCUAUGGUUGGAGGAGCCUGGGUGGGGCUUCGGGCUGACACCUCUAUAGCACUUACUGGUAGAGACCAGCGGCAGACUGGGACGCGGACUGCUGAGUGGCGGGCAGAGGGGUCCGGCUCCGUCAGAAUUCACUUUGUUUCACGGGGAAGUCUCGUUUAGCUACCGACUUGGUUUUGCACACGUUCCCUCUAGUAUCUGUGUCCAUAACCCCAGUAGACUUUGUUACUUCCGAGGUAAGUUAAGGACGUUGACCUGGAAUUCCCCAUCUUGCUUCCCUCAUCUAUGGUCUGGAGACAGCGUCGUUUUCUUGUUUUUGUUUUUGUUUUUGUUUUUGUUUUUAAACUAGGAGAACCAAAUCUGGAAGCCCAAAUGCCGGCUGAGUGUGUGUGUCGUCUCAGUCUGUCGCUCGUGUGUGCAACAGGGUAUGGACUAUCUGUCUGGUAGCCCCAUUUCGGUGGCUCGUUGGGCUGGCCAGUCCAGGCCACCUCGGGGCAGCCGCCAUGUUGAGCAACUGUGCCUGUGCCCAUGAACUUGGGCCACCGCGACGUUGGAGGAGCUGGGUGAGCCUUGAGUCCUGCGGCUCAGGCUGGAGGUGAAGUAGGGGGUGCGGGCAGCCGGGGACCCAGGGAGUCUCCUGCAGAUAGCGCCUCCUGCCUGCGACACCAUCCCUGGGCACUUUGCCUCCCAGGCACCAACAGGAGGCAACUCGGGCACAGCUGCCCCGAGCCCUUUUCUUCCGUCAAGGACCAGGCUCACCCUUGGCUCCUGCCGCCCCGCCCUGGGCUGGAUCAGGGACAUUUUCCAAAGAGUGAUAGUCUUUUGCUUUUGGCAAAACUCUACUUAAUCCAAUGGGUUUUUCCCUGUACAGUAGACUUUCCAAAUGUAAUAAACUUUAAUAUAAAGUAGUCACAUGAA